CUAAACGAAUCAAUCGCAUACCUCUCAAUUGUGCUCGCAAUCCUAUCCUUCAAUUACAGAACGACGUCUACGGCUAUAAAUUACUGGACGUCAUGGCAUCUGGAUAUGGACUCCAAGGAGGUCCAUCGCGAUGUUUCGGAUUCUGGCAAGAGCUUCUAGCCUGCUACGUAGUCAACACAUCUGCUGAGGAUGACUCUGGGAAGAAGAAGUGCGCGCCUGCUUUGGAGGACUAUUACGAAUGUUUACAUCAUAAGAAAGAGGCCAUAAGAGUAAAGCAAUUACAAGCUGCAUACCGAAAAGCAGAAGCAGCCUCGGCACGAGAGAAUGCACCGAGCGCCGGACAAAUAAGAAAUCUGGGCUUAUUGGGCAAGGAAGAGGAUACUAAACAUGUCCUUGGCGGAUGAUUAUAGCAUCUAUACUCGAAACCCGACGCUACCGUGUAUGUAUUUAGGCUCUUGACGUAUGGACGGUAGGGCCAAUUCGUCCUCGAAAUAUAUUCUUAUGAGACCGGUCAAAGUUGGCUCUGAGCAUCGGUACCGUCGUCUUGCUCUAGGCUCGAGCACCCUUCUUGAAAAUGGUCUCGUUUAGGCCUACAUUAGGAAGGAAGUCAGUUGCAUCAAAUGAAUAUCUUUGUUUUAUUCCAUUGCGUCGAAGCCAACUUCUAGGUACUUUUGGAACAUGAGAUGUUAAUAUAGGGUGACGGUAUUUAUAUAUCCCAAGAAUAUCUAUAAUAAGUUGGUAGGUUCGUG